AUGGCGACUCGAAGCACUUCGAACGCGACUGAAUCCAAUCCAUCCAAAAAGGCACUGUUCUUCGGAACCAGCGCGAAACAGGGUUUCGUCAUCGUAAAGGUUGGAUCAGAGAAAGUCCAAUAUGACGUACACAAGACUUUGCUCAAACACCACUCCGAGUACUUCUAUGCCGCUCUUAAUUGUUCAUGGAAGGAGGCAGAAGAAAACUCAAUCACCCUCAACGAUAUCGACCCGGAGACUUUCGAAGUUUUCGUUCACUGGCUAUACAUUCAGAAGAUUGCAACAGAAGGAGAAGUCGACGACAUGCUCGAGACCUACCCAAGCGACGAACAUGACGACGAUCCGUACAUCACUGUUCUGACAAAAGCGGUUGUAUUUGGUGACAGGUUUCUAGUCCCCGAUUUUCGCAAAGCUGCACAAAACCACAUUGUUGAAUCCAUUCUUUAUCAAGACAAAGUCCGCCAGCCCGCUUUUCUCUAUGCCAGCAAGUAUGCUUUUGAGAACUUUUCAGAAGAUCAUCUCCUUUGCGAAUUCUUCAUCUCUGUGCAUUCUCGCUUUAUGAAACAUACAGAGAAAUACAUGGAUGACAUUAUCACUUGA